AUGGGCAAGAAGAAGACCGAGGCAGUUAGUGGCUUAAAGCACUUCAUAUCCCCUAUUGCGAAGCCAUUGUUUGAUGGCAAGCUCCUGGAGCGUUCUGUCAAAUUAGUAGGGCUUGGAACGGAGGCCGAGGCCGUGGCCAAGAAGUCGACAUCUAAGGUUCGCUAUAUACGACGUGGGGUUGCUGAAGUUACCAAAGCGUUGCGGAAGCAGGAACGGGGUAUUGUGUUGCUCGCAUCCGACGUUUUCCCUAUCAACAUCUUGGCUCAUCUACCAAUCCUAUGCGAAGAAAAGAACAUUGUCUAUGGUUACGUUACUGAUAAGAUGAGUCUGGGCAAAGCCUGCAAGUCCGCUCGACCCACUUCAGUUAUCAUGGUCACUGCCCCUCAAAAGGACGACGGCAAGAAGGAUGACGGCAAAUUCUUCGAACUCUUCCAAAAGGUCGAAUCUGCCGCCAGAGUUGCAAACCCAUUUUUCGACUGA